AUGACCGAGAAGACGGCGUGGUGGAAAAUGCCUCUAGCACUUUCUAGUGAGCAGAGAAACAAGCGAGCAUGCUGGCAAAUAAACGGCUUCCAGGGAGAUCUGGCUCUGUUCUCGUCAGCCUGGACACCUUGUAUGCUUUGCUCAAAUUCGCUGCAUCAUCAUUUUUGCGAAAAGCCAUUUUUCGAUAAGAUAGUACAGGUAAAUGUUAAGCGCGAUGGACGUAGGCUGCGGACACAGGGUAAUGGGGUUACCGGAGCAAUGCCCAGCAUCGAGCUCCUCCUCACUGCGGCCUAG